UUGCAGGGACCUGCAGUAUUUCUUUGAGAGAUUCACGGUGGCUUAUGGGACGCUGGCUUCGGACCCUCUGCUAUACACCAUGCUGCGUGGGAUGGCCGUGAUUCAGAGAAGAAAGAGGCCCCAGGUCACUCUCGCCUGCCUCCUUUUAGCCACAGCAGGCUGCUUUGCAGACUUGAGUGUGGUCCCACAGGUCACCGUCCUGCCUACGUCCACCGUCCAGAAGCUAGGAGGAACUGUGAUCCUGGGCUGUGUGGUGGAGCCCCCGUGGAUGAACAUCACCUGGCGUCUGAACGGGAAGGAGCUGGAUGGCUCAGAUGAUGUUCUGGACAUCCUCAUCACCCGAGGGACUCUCGUCAUUCCAGCCCUCAACAACCACACCGUGGGUCGGUACCAAUGUGUGGCCCGGAUGCCUGCAGGGGCAGUGGCAAGCGUGCCAGCCACCGUGACACUAGCCAACCUCCAGGACUUCAAGCUGGACGUGCAGCAUGUGAUUGAAGUAGAUGAAGGGAACACAGCAGUCAUUGCCUGCCACCUCCCAGAGAGCCAUCCGAAGGCCCAGGUCCGAUACAGUGUCAAACAGGAGUGGCUGGAGGCCUCUCGAGAUAACUACCUGAUCAUGCCAUCGGGGAACCUCCAGAUUGUGAAUGCCAGCCAGGAGGAUGAGGGCAUGUACAAGUGCGCAGCCUACAACCCGGUGACCCAGGAAGUGAAAACCUCUGGCUCCAGCGACAGGCUGCGAGUGCGCCGCUCCACCGCAGAGGCUGCCCGCAUCAUUUAUCCCCCGGAGGCCCAGACCAUCAUUGUCACCAAGGGGCAGAGUCUCAUCCUGGAGUGUGUGGCCAGUGGGAUCCCACCCCCGCAGGUCACUUGGGCCAAGGACGGGUCCAGUGUAGCUGGCUACAACAAAACACGCUUCCUGCUGAGCAACCUCCUCAUUGACACCACCAGUGAAGAGGACUCAGGGACCUACCGCUGUAUGGCCGACAAUGGGGUUGGGGAGCCUGGGGCAGCAGUCAUCCUCUACAACGUCCAGGUGUUUGAACCUCCCGAGGUCACCAUGGAGCUGUCCCAGCUGCUCAUCCCAUGGGGCCAGAGUGCCAAACUCAGUUGUGAGGUUCGCGGGAACCCUCCACCCUCUGUGCUGUGGCUAAGGAAUGCCAUACCCCUCACCCCCAGCCAUCGCCUCCGCCUGUCCCGCAGAGCCCUCCGCGUGGUCAGUGUGGGGCCCGAGGACGAAGGUGUCUACCAGUGCAUGGCCGAGAAUGAGGUUGGGAGUGCCCACGCUGUGGUCCAGCUGAGGACCGCCAGGCCAGGCACAACCCUAAAACCGUGGCGAGAUGCUAAGGCAGAAAUGGCCACACCUGCCGUGCCACUUUCCAGAGCCGGCAGCCCUGACCAGAUGCUGAGGGGGCACACGGGUCUCCCUGGGCCCUCAACAUCAGUGCAACCUGCUUCCCCACCAUGCCCGGGAGACAAGGGCCAGGUCGCUCCUGCUGAGGCCCCCAUCAUCCUGAGCUCACCUCGGACAUCCAAAACUGACUCGUAUGAGCUAGUGUGGCGGCCUCGGCAUGAGGGCGGUGGCCGGGCGCCCAUCCUCUACUAUGUGGUGAAACACCGAAAGGUUACAAAUACCUCUGAUGACUGGACCAUCUCCGGCAUCCCAGCCAGCCAGCACCGCCUGACUCUCAGCCGACUUGAUCCCGGGAGUCUGUAUGAAGUGGAGAUGGCUGCCUACAACUGUGCGGGCGAGGGCCAGACAGCCAUGGUCACCUUCCGAACUGGACGGCGUCCCAAACCUGAGAUUGUGGCCAGCAAGGAACAACAGAUCCAGAGAGAUGACCCCGGAGCCAGCCCCCAGAGUAGCAGCCAGCCGGACCACAGCCGCCUCUCUCCCCCAGAAGCUCCAGACAGGCCCACCAUCUCCAUGGCCUCUGAGACGUCCGUGUAUGUGACCUGGAUUCCUCGUGGGAAUGGUGGGUUCCCGAUCCAGUCCUUCCGUGUGGAGUACAAGAAGCUGAAGAAAGUGGGGGACUGGAUUCUGGAUACCAGUGCCAUCCCACCCUCCCGGCUCUCCGUGGAGAUCACAGGCCUAGAGAAAGGCACCUCCUACAAGUUCCGAGUCCGAGCCCUGAACAUGCUGGGAGAGAGCGAGCCCAGCGCCCCCUCCCGGCCAUAUAUGGUGUCAGGCUACAGCGGCCGCGUGUAUGAGAGGCCUGUGGCAGGCCCCUACAUCACCUUCACGGAUGCCGUUAAUGAGACUACCAUCAUGCUCAAGUGGAUGUAUAUUCCCGCAAGCAACAACAACACUCCGAUCCAUGGCUUUUAUAUCUACUAUCGACCCACAGACAGUGACAAUGAUAGUGACUAUAAAAAGGAUAUGGUGGAAGGGGAUAGGUACUGGCACUCCAUCAGCCACCUGCAGCCAGAAACCUCCUACGAUAUUAAGAUGCAGUGCUUCAAUGAAGGAGGGGAGAGUGAGUUCAGCAACGUGAUGAUCUGUGAAACCAAAGCUCGCAAGUCUUCUGGUCGUCUUCCACCACCGACACUGGCCCCACUGCAGCCGCCACCCCCUGAGACCAUAGAGCGGCCCAUGGGUACCGGGGCCAUGGUGGCCCGCUCCAGCGACUUGCCCUAUCUCAUCGUCGGUGUUGUCCUGGGCUCAAUCGUCCUCAUCAUCGUUGCCUUCAUCCCCUUCUGCUUGUGGAGGGCCUGGUCUAAACAAAAACACACUACAGACCUGGGUUUCCCUCGAAGUGCCCUUCUAUCUUCCUCCUGCCAAUACACCAUGGUGCCACUGGGAGGACUCCCAGGCCACCGAGACAACGGGCAGCCCUACCUCAGUGGCAUUAAUGGACGGGCCUGUGCCAAUGGGGUCCAUGUGAAUCGAAGCUGCCCUGCAGCUGCAGUGAGCUAUCCAGGACCGAAACCUCAGCAACACUGCCCAGGGGAGCUUCGGCAGCAGGAUGGCACCAAUAGCCUGCUGAGGCAGACCAUUCAUGGCAAUGGAUAUGACCCCCCGAGUCGCCAGAUUACCAGAGCUCCCAAGGCUGGCCAGGACGAGGGCGCAUUCCUAUACACUCUGCCUGAUGACUCAACUCACCAGCUCCUCCAGCCCCACCAGGACUGCUGCCACCUUCAGGAACCGCCUGUCGCCACCACGGGACAGUCCAGAACGGGGAGUACUGCCAAGAGUCCUGGGAUGGAGGCAGCGUGGGACCCUCCAUUUCACUCAGCUCCCCGAUGCUGCUUGGGCCUCAUACCGGUUGAAGAGGUGGACAGUCCUGGCUCCUGUCAAGGAGGUAGAGACUGGUGUCCUCAGCACCCCACAGGGGCCUACGUAGGACAGGAACUUGGGAUGCACCUCUCCCCUGGCCCACCAGUGCAUGUGUCCUUUGAGACGCCACCUCCUGCAAUUUAGACAGAAGCCAAUUUCCCAGAGAGACUAUAUAUAUUGUUUUUUU